CUCGACUCGACUCAGCCAAACCUGACUGAGCCCUCCACUCCUACAAUCCAAUACUCGCUUCGACCCCCCUCUGCUGGCUGGAGUCUCUACGUACGUACACAACCAAACCCAAACCCAAACAAAACCACCAAAAGCUCUUCCUCUUACAAGGUCAUGCGACCGUAGACCACUCUUCGUCGCCCUCAAGAUUUGAAUUACGCCCCGGACGGAAGGCGAUAAGCCCAAGGCGACGACCAAAGAUGUCGGUUGUCACAAAGAACCCUUUUGCCUACCUCGGCAACGACAGUGACGGCGAGGAGAAGCCCGUCGUUCCUGUCAAGACCGUUGACAAGAACACUGCUCGUACUACUAAGCGUAAUGUCGAGCCCCAGGCUCCCGUAAGGACCGGUGGUGCUGGCGGUAACCGCCGUGGUCCCGGUGGUAACGAGGGUGCUUUCCGGGAUCGUGGUGCUGGCAGCAACCGAAACCAGAACCGAUCCACUGAGGAGGCUCCUCGUGAUGGUCCCCGAGGCGGUGCCGGUGCUCGUGUCCGUGGUGGACGUGGCGCUAGACACGCCCGUGAGCGCGAUGACCGACACCCUUCCAAGUUCGGCGGCCACGGUGGCUCUGACAAGCAGGCUGCCCAAUCCUGGGGUGCUAACGAAGGCACUGCUGAGCUUAAGGACGAGCAGGCCGGUGAAGCUAUCGCUAAGGACGAGCAAAAGGAUGCCGUUGCUGAGGACGCUGCCGCCGAGGCUGCCGCCGCCGAGGAGGAGGCCGAGAAGCAGGUCUCUUACGAGGAAUAUCUUGCCCAGCAGGCUGAGAAGAAGGCCGCUCUCGACUCCGGUCUCAAGGUCCGUGAGGCCAACGAGGGCAGCAAGCUCGACAAGAAGUGGGCCAACGCCAAGCCCCUCGAGAACGAGGAGGAGGAGUACUUCGCCCCUACCGGCGGCAAGGCCCAGCGCCAGCGCGAGCGCAAGGUCAAGCAAACCAUUGACUUCGACCCUCGCUUCGUCGAGCCUGAGCGCACCCGAGGUGGUGCUCGCGGAGGCCGAGGCGGCCGUGGUGGUCGUGGCGGAGAGCGUGGUGGUGACCGUGGCCGUGGAGGUAACCGCGGCGGUCGCGGCGGUGCUCCUCAGGGAUCUGCUAAGGGCAAUGCUGCUAUUAACACCAGCGACCAGUCUGCUUUCCCCAGCCUCGGCGGCAACUAGAUUGCCUAAGCCCGCGCGCCUCGCACAAGAGAGCGCCCCAAAAAUCCCCUGCUUGCACCCUCUCACGGCAUAGGCAAACACGGGUCAACGUCAUGCAUGUCCCACGCCCUCCCCCUUUUUCCUUUUUUCCCUCAACUCGUCACGAUU